CGUCCUGUUUAGUAAACCAUCUCUGCACGUUACGCCCUUAAUCAGACGACAAUCUAUCGACGACAACGCAUCUGCGCAUGCGUCAGACACGCACACCUGUUAGGAACUUCACGUGGAACGAAAUCGUGAAAGCUUUCAGGAUGUUUCCGGGCCGUGGAUCAAUUCGAGGUUCCAGAGGAGUCUGUUUUGGGGAAAUCCUCAGGAAAAAUGUACCUGAGCUGUCAGGACUGACGGAAUCAUUUGGAUCUCUGUCUGUCUCAAAUCGUCCUUGCAAAGAUGCCUUUGGCCAGCAAAGGAAAAGUAGGCCUACAUUUAAGUAUGGUCCUGGUAAGGAAACGGUUUCACCUAAAGUGCUGAUUGACAGAUACAAGCGAGGCGAGACAAACGCUGUGUCUUUGGUCCAUCAGCUUUCCCAGGUUAUGCAGUUUCACCUUGAGAUGAAGGAGACGGUCACUACAGCCAACGUACAAGGUCUUUAUUUUGCCUUUUGUGUGGUGAUUGAUGGGGUCGAGUACAAGACUGGCAUGGGCAUAACAAAGAAGGAAGCUCGGCUCAAAGCGGCGCAACUUGCUCUGGUGGACCUGCUGCCCACCUUGGAAACGAAGUCUGACCUCUCUGAAGCAUCAGAUGUCCCUCCACUGCUGCCAGUAAAAGACGAGCCCUCCACCUCUGACAUACAUCAUUGUAGAGCUAUCCCUGAAAGGAAGAAUCCAGUCAACCCCCAGAUUGCUCAGGCUGUCAGGGAUCAGCUCACUAAACUGAUGAACAGCCACCCAGAGUUCUCUGCCUGUGCAGGCACCACAGCAGCAUUCAUCCUUCAGAGUUCCAGCGGAUGUGAAGUGGUUGCACUCGGCACGGGGAACUUUAACACCAAAGAGAGUGCUUUGUCAAAUGGGCGGAUUGUACACGAUUCGCAUGCAAUAGUAAUUGCAAGGAGAUCACUUAUAAGGUUUCUGUUCCGGCACCUGCUGAUGUUCUUCAGCAAAACAUCCUAUCUGACGGAGAAGUCGAUCUUUCAGCAGAACAGUAGCAGCGGCCUCCUUAGCCUGAAGAGCGGCAUCGCCCUGCACCUCUAUGUGAACCAGCUGCCAAAGGGUGCUGCUGAAAUCCCUUCCAAGCUGCGCCUGAAACCGCUUUCCGUUUCGGCAUUGCAAGUCAACUACGAGAUCAGCCUACACCUGUUGGUGGAAGGAAAGGUGUUCUCAGUUUUUUCGCCAGCCUUUGAUCAGUCUGCCUCCAAGGUGGUCAGCAUGUCCACCACAGACAAGCUCACUCAGUGGCAAGUGCUAGGAUACCAGGGAGCCUUGCUCAGCCACUUCAUUGAGCCCAUCUAUGUCCAAAGCAUCCUCGUAGGUGACAUUGGCUGCAGUGAUACCCAUGGCAUGGAAUUCUCUGUGAGCCAGCGUGUGGAGGGAAUCACAUCCCAGCUGCCUAUGUUCUACUGCAUGAUGAGGCCUCAAAUCAGCUUGGUGCCUUCUGUGGCCACUAACAACACAGGCAAAUGCCAGACGACCAAUAGUAUCAACUGGAGCGAAGGAGACGGCUCCCUGGAGGUUGUGGAUGGCCUGACGGGCAGGACUGUAGAGGAAUCUCCCUUUAAGAGUGGCUCUGCCCUUGCAAGCCGUCUGUGCAAAGCCGCGAUGCUGCACCGCUUCAAGUUGGUGGCCAAAGAGGCCCAGAGGCAGGACCUGCUGGCCACAAGCUCCUACAGAGAAGCCAAGAGCAUGGCGAAGCCGUACCAGGAGGCCAAGAACGUGCUGAGGGCGUACCUGUUGCAGCAGGGCUUUGGUUCCUGGCUGGUCAAGUCUUCUGUUGGUGAUAACUUUAGCAUUUAAAAACACCCCAUGUUUUUACUGGAAAAACAAUCUUUGAAGCCAUUUUCUUCAAAUUAAAAAGACAAAACAAAGGUUUACUUAACAAGAAGUACCUGUUACCUUUACCAAUGACUUUACCAUGGUAAUAGUUUCUGUUUCUGUUGUGAUUUCUAAAGGGAUUUCAAUCAAUCCCUGUUCAUGUUUAAGAGCAGUUUUGUUUGUGAACUCUGUGUGUGGUCUUAGACCCUCAGGUUUCAAAGAGUCAGAUUUUUUUAAAAGACGAUAGCCAAAUAGCCAUUUAUAGCCAAAUAGCCAUUUAUAUAUAUAUAUACCACAGGCAUUUAUCUGAGUAAUAGUUCUGCCUUCUUCAGCUGACAUAGUUAUGUGUAUUCAUUGUAUAUGGUGACUGGAACAUGCACCGUUAAAAAUGCCAUACUUUGUAAUAGUAAUGGCCAUGUUAGCAUGUAUGAUCAUAACUUUGGUAUACUUCUUUUGAACUUUAACUUUAUAGUCCUGAGGGCUCUGAAGUGUGACAAGUAAGUUAUCAUAUCAUCCUGAGUUUGGUCUCACUAAAGUUACUAUUUGUGUUUUCAUCUCAGUGGGGAAAAAAUUGCAUAUUUUGUCCAUAUGUAGUGACUUGUCAGUCUGUAAUUUGAACCUUCAUAAGCCAUGGCUAAUGCAAAAAUAUGAAUCAAUAAAAUAGAUCAAUCCAUGCUCAAAUGCUGAUGUUCAGUACAUGUUGGUUUUGCUGAAAUUCCUAAAUUACCAAAAACACUUUAAAGGCCAAAGGUGACUUUUUGUGUCGUAUGACAAUUUGAUUUAAAAAAAAAAAACCCAAACAACUCUCAGGAUCUGGGAAAAGAGACAGUCAAAACAAGAGGCUACGUUUUCAUAAAACAAAGCAUGUUUUAUGAUGACUAUUUUCUCAAUUCAAGUCAUUCUGCAACAGUCUUUAACCAAGAGAUUUGGUUACACAAAAAAAAGACAUGCAUGUGUGACCUCUGUGAUUUAAAAAUAAUUUGUUGACACAUUUUAAGAGUGAUGCUCUAAAUAUUGUCGGUGUAAAAUGUGCUUGAGCCAUAGGACAGAACAUUUUUGUUCAACGCCACUUGUUUAAAAGAAAUAUUGGUUAUUACAAAAGGAAGGUCAGGAUUACACCCAGAAAUUACCCAAGACUAAUGGUAUGGCUGAAGCAAAACAAUACAUCAGAGUGAUAAUCACAGACUGAAACGUUUAGUCAACCAGCAGAGAAUUUAUCAGUCCAUAUUCUGCUGGAUUGAUUAUUGAGAUAUUUUAGAAAAGGCACAUUAAACUCCUUGGAGGAAUUACAUUAGGAAAUGGAAAAUUAUGUGGUAAACAAGAAAUUAUUAUAUCAUUUAAAAAGCUAAUUUAAAUCAUUAUUUAAAAAAAUAUAUAUUGAUGGUUUAAUAAUGAAAACAGAUUGCACAAUUUGUAAUUACUUCUUGUUUUUACUUAGUUCUGUUUAUGUAAUCUGUAACCUCAGUUGAGUCAACUUCAAUAUGAACAUUGUCACACCAGACCUAUUCAGUUCACCUAUUGCAUCAUUAGGUAAUGUGCAAAGAAAAGACACUAUCACCUGUGACAGAAAGAGAAACCACUACUAUAGACUGUUUUAUUUCGAUAAGAUAAGUAAACGUUUGUUGUCCUAUGUGAACUGACAAACAAUAAAUGACUACACACGCCUGAA